AUGGCUGCAAGGAGAUGUGCAAAGGUUGCCAAACUGGUGAAGUUGGCCGCUGCGGAACCCGCGGCUUCUGGCCAUGCAGGUCUUCAGCCGUCCGUCCAACGCUGCCUGGGGCGGCUGCAGCAGCUGCAGGGUGGCGAUGUGGUGGAUCUCACCCGAAGUCUUGCGAGGCUUCGCUGGAGGGAUGGGGCUAUCUGGAAGGAGAUCGGCAGCACCGUGACGCAGAAAGUGGAGGAGAUGAAGAUGGCGGAACUGGUGCAGAUUGCAGGUGCAUUCUCUCAAGCCACCCAGCCUGAUGCGGAGAUGCUGAAGGCAAUGAUGGGAAGAGUCAAGGCAGAUCCGAGUAGUUUGCGCUGUUGGUCUUCGGCAGACUUUAUCUUCUCACUUCAGAGGGCAGGAGUAAAGCCGGACAAGCAGCUGCUGAAGGCUGCAGCUGAUGCGAUGGUGAAAGACUUGGAUGCUCUCAAGAAGACGAAGACAUUUUACAUCAUGGGAUUUGUAGAUGUGAGCCUCAAAGCUGGCUUCUUCCAUCAAGGGAUUCUCAGUUUGCUGUCGGAGGUCAUGGUGGAUCGCUUGGAGAGCCUCAGACCCCAUGAUUUGUCAAAGAUAGCGCUGACUUGGGGGCAAACUAGUUGCAAAGAUGAUGCGUUGGUGAAGUCCUUGUGCACGGCAAUUCGUAGCAAUCUUCCAUCCUUUCCAAAGAACAGGAUUUCAUACACGGUUCAUGGCCUUAGCAUGUUGGAUUGCACAGACAAAUCGCUACUGGUGGACUUGGUUUCUGCUUGGGCCACCACAGGGCCCGAGGAAUCCAUCGACGUAGUGCAUAUCAUUUGUGGGUUGGCAAGAUUGGGAGCUCUGGAUGCUUCACUGUGCGAUCAAAUCGCGGCAUGUAGUCUGCAGAGUGUGCCUCAUUUGAAUGCCAGGAGUAUUGCCAGGAUACUGUGGGCUUGUUCUCAGUCCGGAUGUACACAUGUGGAAUUCCUUGAGUCACUUGGAAGGGCAGCAAGUCAAAAAACAGCAGAAUUUUCGGCCAUGGACUUUUGCGACAUCUCUUAUGCUGGUGCCAAGCUUUCACUUGCGCCGAUUCUCGGAAGUUGCAUCCCAGAGGCCAUCGUGGAACGGGUGUCAGACUUCACGAGUACCCAAUUGGCCUGCAUGAUGUACACAGUGUCGAGACUGUCGGACAAUCCUGGUAAAUACCUGGCGGUGCUUGAGCGUGCGAUCUUGCCGCAUGUUUCAACACUCACACCUCUGGACCUCAGAAUGAUAUGCUUGGCUUGGGCAAAGGCACGUACUUCGGACCGUAAUUUGAUGGAUGCACUCGCCUCGCAAGCAACUGAGGUGAUUGAUAGCUUGGACCCAUCCACCAUCAACAGCAUUGCGUGGGCAUACUCCGAAGUGAAGGUCACCAAUUUGGACCUUUUCAAACUGUUGGGUGUGCGAUGUGCGGCUACAGUCACUUCCUUUCCAAAUCGCGAGCUUGCGUACAUCGCAUUUGCUUUUGUUCGUGCAGGGAUCCACCAUGAGCUACCUUUGACCAGCAUCGCCAGCGAGGCCUUGAACCGUGUGGCGAAGAUGCAUCCCGUCCCUUGUGCACGCUUGGCACGUGCCUUCAUCCAAGCUGACUUGGAGUCACCAGAAGCCAUAGAGUUCUUGGAAAGCUUGGCUUCAAUUGCUCGUGAGAAUGUAUGGACCGGUUUGAUCCUCAGGCCACAGCUGGAGCGGACUGAUUUCCAAAAACAGUGCGCCCAGACCGUUCAAGAAUUCCUUCCAUCCAUCCUGGUGAAUCAAAGUCACCAGAUGGGUCCACUGCUCAGCCUGGUGCUGCCCCAAUGCGAUGGAUCUCACCUGAACUUGGAGCUGGAUCCCCUGGACCUACAGCUUUCCCGUCUGGACCGGGCUGUGCGCACUCGGCGCGAUGAGUUCUUGGAGGACCUGGGUGUGCAGGUGUUGAGAUUGAAGGUCAGGGACCAAGAUGAUUUGAGGUACCACCUGCUGCAGAUCUUUGGACAUCCCGCAGAUCCCAGCGUCGAUGACAGUCCUGCGGAGCCACAGGCCUUGGAGGUGGGGCCUCUGGAUGAGGAGGCGGUGGCGAUGUGUGGACAUGUGUGGAGUGAGAUGGCCAUGGCUGAAAAAGAUUUCCUUGGGCGCACAGCAGCUGACUUGAAUGCUGACAGUUGCACUGCCGAUGUUUGGAAGCCAUGGCGGAGUGCAUGUGUGCAGGGCUUGGCCGGGGUGUUGGCGGCAGGAUCAAACUACGAACACGUGGCUAAACUGGUGAAGUCGGCCGCCGCGGCACCUGCGGCUUCUGGCCAUGCAAGUCUUCAGCCUUCCGUCCAACGCUGCCUGGGGCGGCUGCCGCAGCUGCAGGGUAGCGACGUGGUGGAUCUCACCCGGAGUCUGGCGAGGCUUCGGUGGAAGGAUGAGGCUACCUGGAAGGACAUCGGCAGCGCUGUGACGCAGAAAGUGGAGGAGUUGAAGGUCGCAGAACUGGUGAAGGUGGCGGGUUCCUUUUCUGUGGCCAGCCAGCCUAAUCCGGAGAUGCUGAAGGUGGUGGUGGGGAGGCUCAAGGCAGAUCCUAGUAGUUUGCACUCCUGGUCGUGGGCAAAUUUUAUUCUCUCCCUUCAGAGGGCAGCAGUAAAGCCAGACAAGCAGCUGCUGAAGGCUGCAGCGGAUGCGAUUUUGAAAGACAAAGAUUCUCUCAAGAGGCUUAAGACGCCUUACAUCAUGGGAUUUGUCGAUGCGAGCUUCUGUGCUGGUUUCUCCCAUGAUGCGAUGUUCCGACUCCUGUCAGUCAUCAUGGUGGAGCAUAUGGAGAGACUAAGCCCCUAUGAGCUGACGAAGGUAGCUCUGACUUGGGGGCGAGCAACUUGCAAAGAUGAUGUGCUUUUGAAGUCCCUGUGCCAAGCAAUUCAUCACAAUCUUCCGUCCAUUCCAAAGAACAGGAUUUCAUACACAAUUCACAGCCUUAGCUUGCUGGAUUGCAAAGACGAACGGCUCUUAGUGGACUUGGCAUCUGCUUGGGCGACAACGGGUCCAGAUGAAUCCAUCCAAGUGCUGCAUGUCAUCUUUGGAUUGGCGAGGUUGCGGGCCCUCGAUCCUGUGCUGUGUGAUCGAAUCGCGGCAUGUAGUCUGCAGUUUGUGCCUAAUUUCGAAGCAAGGGCCAUUGCCACGAUACUGUGGGCUUGUUCUCAGUCCGGAUGCACACAUGUGGAAUUCCUUGAGUCACUCGGCGAGGCGGCUCGUCGGAAAGCUGCGGAAUUUUCAGCUGCUGAGCUAUGCAAUGUCUCCUGUGCUGGUGCCACGCUUUCACUUGCGCCGAUUCUUGAAAGUUGCAUCCCAGCAGCUGUUGUGGAACGCGUGUCUGAGUUUGAUGGUUUUUCUUUGCCAGUGACAAUGCAUGCAGUGACGAGGCUGUCAAACAAUCCUGGCAAAUACCUGCCUGUGCUUGAGCUUGCAGCCUUGCCGCUUGUUCCAACUCUGAGGCCUCCCGACCUUAAAUACAUUGCUAUGGCUUGGGCAGAGGCAGAUGCUUUCGACAGCAAGUUGAUGGAUGCAGUUGCCUCGCGGGCAAUCCAGUUGAUUGAUAGCUUGGACCCGUCCACUGUAAAUCACAUGGUGAGGGCACUCUCGAAGUUGCGCAUCGCCGAUGUGCACUUGUUCAAAGCAUUGGGCGUACAAUGUGCGUCUACUGUCUCUUCCUUUCCUACACGUGAGCUUGGACACAUCUCAUUGGCAUUUGUCAAUGCAGGGAUCCACCAUGAGCUACCUUUGACCAGCAUUGCCAGCGAGGCCUUGAACCGUGUGGCGAAGAUGCAUCCCGUCCCUGGCACGCGUUUGGCACGUGCCUUCAUCCAAGCUGACUUGGAGUCACCAGAGGCCAUAGAGUUCUUGGAAAGCCUGGCUUCAAUUGCUCGUGAGAAUGGAUGGACCAGUUUGAUCCCCAGGCCACAGCUGGAGCGGACUGAUUUCCAAAAACAGUGCGCCCAGACCACUCAAGAAUUCCUUCCAUCCAUCCUGGUGAAUCAAAGUCACCAGAUGGGUCCACUGCUCAGCCUGGUGCUGCCGCACUGCGAUGGAUCUCACCUGAACUUGGAGCUGGAUCCCCUGGACCUCCAGCUUUCCCGGUUGGACCGGGCGGUGCGCACUCGGCGCGAUCAGUUCUUGGAGGACCUGGGUGUGCAGGUGUUGAGAUUGAAGGUCAGGGACCAGGAUGAUUUGAGGUACCACCUGCUGCAGAUCUUUGGGCAUCCCGCAGAUCCUACCGUGUAUGACAGUCCUGCAGAGCCGCCAGCAUCGGAGGUGGGGCCUCUGGAUGAGGGGGCGGUGGCGAUGUGUGGACAUGUGUGGAAUGAGAUGGAAUCUGGAAGAGUGCAGCAUGAAAGCUUGCUGUAAAGGAUUUGACUUUUUGAAAAUCCACAAGAAGGAUUCCAGAGACCAUUUGAG